CACUCAGAGAGAAGAGGAGGAGGGGAAACAAGGGGAGAGAGGGAAACAGGAACAGAAAGUGAAGACUUGUCAAGAUGUCUGGGUGAGGGGGACCAGAUCAGAGCAGAAGCCAGAUGUCAAAACAGAAACAGCAGAAGUUUGAGCAGCCGACUGGAUUAAACAGGAGGGGCGAGCUGACCUGCUACUUCACAGUAAGACACACCCAAAUUGAACUACGUCUCUACAAAAUCAUACUGAAAGCCAAAGGGCAAGAGGACAAGAGAAGAGUGAAGUAGAUAACCAGAAAGAAAAGAGUUAGAGGAAUGCCAAGCAGCAUAAACAAACUUGGCUGAAGUGCAGAUUUUGGCUUUUUCAUCUUGCAUCAAGAUCAUCACAACUGGGCGAUUUCAAAGAAAACCUUGUUAUAAACAAAUGAGCUUUUGGUCUUUUGGAUUUGUUCAAAGAACGCUUUGGCUUUGUAACCACCUCACAGGGCAUUUCAAGGAAGGAGGCAUACAUGAAGUCACCCUCCAUGCUUCCACUGUUUCCAUUUAACAUAAACAACACAAGCCUGAGCGCAUACACAUGCCUCAUCAGAUAGUGCCGUAAACUCUGAUCUUUAGAAGUAGAAAACAGAAGCACAUGAAAGUUCAAUGUCAAGUCGCUAAAAAUAUCUGACGUGUGACAGCUUUUGGCUCGGUGGAUGUUUGAGGUUUUCGUAAAGAGUAAAACUUCAUAACUUACAACUUUAAAGCUGGAACCAGAUUCCGUAAAAUGACUUAAAUGAACACCAUAUCUUAAUUAGCUGGAUGUCUGCAGCUGCCUAACAGGCACAUUAACUGACUUGCAAAAUUCACAACCCUCUGAAGGAUUUAUUAAAACUUUACAACUGCCAGACAGACUCAACUGAAAGGAUUCACGGCUCCGUAUCCGAAAGCCAUGGAUGGAAGAACAGACAGCAUCCAGGAGUUUUUCAACCAACUUUGGAGCUUUGCUACAGAAAAACACAACCAGGGGGUGUACAACACAGUCUGCCUGGUGGUCCUCCUAACUCUUCCCCUGCUGGUCCUCCUCACCACUUUGGUGGUGUGCUGCCACUGCUGCUGCUGUCGCCAUGCCAACAGCUGCUGUUGCUGCUGUGGCAAAGACGCCAUGGCAACCGCAAGGUCAGAAACAAAGAAGAAAAAGAAUUCCACUGAAGACUUGUGGAUUUCUGUCAAGACGGGGCCGUUGACACCUGACAGGGUCGCCCUGGCCAUGGAGUAGGAGGAGUAGUUGUUAUUUUUAUUUUUUUAUUUCUGAUCCUGGGUCAGUUGGUGCAGUGGAGCUGAUGGAGCGUCUCAAGAGUGUACAACUCAAACCAGCUUGGACUCAAAAGACAUAGUUCAAACCAGGGGUUGAUGCAUAGACUGUAUAAGUGAAGCCACAACAUUUCAAUUGUCCCCUGGUGGCCCGCUACAUUAUGGGCGGGACUUUGAUACCACGGCUCCACCGCCGGAUAACUAGUGCGCAGAUUCUGGCUCCAAAAUAACAAGAAGGCACUUUGUGGAGUAAGUGGAGAUGCAUGGACCAUUUUUAUAUACAGUCUAUGGUUCAAACCAAUGAGACGGCACAUUGUGAUGGGCACAGAUAUGGUUGAAACAUGUUAACAGUGUACAGUCAGUGUUCUCGUCAUUUUGUAUCCAUAUGAUGUUAUGUCUGGAGAAUGUUUACAACAUUUUGUAUGAGCUUUUUAGUGAGUGGUACAUAAAGGAAGAAUAUGCAGAGGCAUAUAUAUAUAUAUACAAAACUGAAAUGUGUUUGUUGAUAUGAGUGUGUUAGAGAGAGAGUGUGUGUGUGUGUGUGUGUGUGUGUGUGUGUGUGUGUUAGAGCUCCCAUGUGAAAUUCAUUGUGUCUGUAUUUGGGAGAAAGAGCCAAUGUAAGGUCUGCCCAGUGUUCUGAUUGCUGUAAAACUGCACACACUUUUUACAUUCAGGCUGCAAUCUAGACUCAUGAUUCACUCUCACUUUCUAAAAAAAAAACAUUUAAAAAGAAAACUAUAAGUUUGAUUUCUUUCCUCUUUUCUUACUUUAUUUGCUUAACCCUUAGAUGCAUGACCUACCUGUAUUACUGAGAAGUGCUGUAAUUGCUAGCAGGUUUAGAGCCACUACUAAAAUUAAUAAAUCAUAUUGAAAUAAUUUUUGAUGGAAAACUGAAAGCGCAUGAAAUCUUUCAAAACGCGCUUGUCUUUAUAGCUUGUAACUAUUGUUGCAUUCCAUAGACUAAACAUUUAAUUGAUUAAAAAUUACAGUUUACAAAUUUACAAAUUAAAAGUUGCAGCCAUAAUAUUUACAGUCUAUGGUUGCACCCCAGCUACUGACAGGAAAUGUAAACACGCCAAUAUUUAGUUUCAUCAAGGCUCACUGUCAUCGUGACACACUGUAAUUGACUGACACAAUGUUGAGCACUAAUACAUUUUCAACUGGAAAUGUCAAAGUGCCAACAGACCUUUCUGACAUGUUGGUGGUUACCAGUUAGAAAUUAUAUAACUAACUUAAGGUAAAGUAAAGUAAACAUGAAGGGAUUUUGGUAAGCACUGUUUUUUUUUUUAUCAGAUCAGUGAUUGGUAGAGAGUAUUUAAAAUAAUGCUAACAUUUAGUAAAAAUAACCUUCAGGGUGGUGAGACUGCUGGCAUUAGAUGUGUGGAUCAACAGUAAAUGUAUACCUGACAGUCACAGCUGAUAAAAAUCAAAGGCUCCUAGGGUUAACCUUUGAAAUUCCAUAGAAAAUGCUUGGGGUCAUUUUUGACCCCACGUAUGGAAAUGUGUGGUACUGAUGCAAAACAUGCAAUUUUUAACAAAUUUAACAAUUAGAUACAAAUCCAAAUGGCCUCAUGUCAAAAACAACCUAUUUGAGGAAUACAUGGAAGAUUAAAUGAUAAAAAAAUUUAAUUACAAAGAUAUUGCAAAAAACAACUGCUGGGGUCAUUUUUGACCCCACUUAUGCAUCUAAGGGUUAAUAUAAUACAGUCUAGGCCACAGGACUAGUUUUGGUUUUUUGAGUGUUGCAGUAGGCCUGUUCAGGUCAAGUGUGCCUUAAAGGCACAAUUCAUAAUCUAAAUGGAAGGAAAAAAAUAAACUCGGAAUAUGUUAUCCUUCCCACAUUGAUUGACAUAACUUUUAAUGCGCUGAUUACCACUAGACAGGAACCAUAUCGAUUUCAGUCAUGUUUUCUGGGCCCGUAUUUAUUCAAGUUUUAGAUUUAAGUACAAUAAUUGCCACUUUACUUUUAACAAACUUAAGAGUAAAAGCUAUUUUUCUCUUAUUCUUACAACUUAAAUGCUCUUAACAUUGUGUGUGUGUCAGCGUGGUCCUAUAUUGUCUGAUGUACAUUGCCUUUUACUUCAUCCCUAUACAUCAAAAGAUUGUUGUUGAGUUGUUCAUUCCACAUGUUCAUUGUUAAUAGAGAUAUUAAGGAUGUUAAAUAUAUCAUAUCACUGAGUAAAAUGUAAAGAUCUUUUUAAACAAAGAAUAAGCAAUUCGACAGAUCCUUGUCUUUGAGUUCUUGAGUUGCCUUGUCUCUAGAGCGUUUUUUAAGCAAAUUCUUAGAAGUCUGAUUAAUACGGGUCCAGGUUUGUUUAUAUCAAUAAUGUUUGUACAUACAGCAUUUACAGUAAUUACGUUCAUUUGAGAAAAAAAACACAAUGAUAAUUUGAUCUCUAAAUCAAACUAUUAAUGAAUAUUCUUCAAAAUGUUAUGUGGUCCAAAAAAAAGAAAACGAGAUUUAUAGAGUAUUCAAAGCAAUUUGGAACUUAUUCAACUAAACAUUUUCAAAAUAUUCAAAGAGAAACCUUGAAAUAAUCAAAGAUUUGGGCUUCAAGUGGAUUGUUGUGAUUAUUGUGUCUGAAGGCUCAUAUUUUGUGUUUAAGUGCGUGACAUCUCAAAGCCUCUUCAUGUUCAGGCAUUCAGGCAGCUUACACUGGCACUAAGUUGAUCUUGUUGCUCAAGUGCUGCUGGGAAAACAGGCUUGCAACACAUUUCAUUACUGCUAAGACAGACACAUUCCCAUGUGGAAAUUAAUGUCUGUCUCUUCUGCUUCAUGUUCAGAGAGAGAAACUGUACUUGCUGAGCUUCAUUUUGAAAAAGCUUCCCCUGCAAAAUAAAAGCUUAUGUAGCAAUGUAUCACCAAUAAGUGGUAUCACCCACACUGAAAGGUUUGCCAAGAAAUGACAUCAUCAACAUGUUCAGGGGUUGGCUGAACAUGUCACUGUGGUUUGUAUGUGUCAGAGAGAAAUUUGCAGUCAGUUAACAGACAUCAUUACCAACGGUGACAGGCUUUAUUAACAGCAUAACAAUAAUGAUAAAAAUAAGGAGUAGAUGAAAGACAGUAACUGUUCUAGCUGUUCUAUUAUUUGCCUUUACCCAUUCAUUCAGUCAUUAUAUCCACAUAAUACUGAUGAUUAUUUGUCAUAAAUCUCAUUGGGUAAAUAUUUUGCGAAAGCACCAAUACUCAACCCAACAAUAUCGUCGCGAUAUUGAUAUUGAGGUAUUUGGUCAAAAAAUAUUAUAUUUGAUUUUCUACAUAUUGAUCCGCCAUAGUCUGUAUGGUAAAUAUAAUUGGUUAGCUUUGUUUAGCACAAAGACUGGAAACGGGGAGAAAAAGCUGCCUGGUUCUGUCCAAAGCAAAAUAAUAAUUAAUAGCUUAAUUAAUUACCAUGUAACAUCUUGUUUGUUUAGUCCAGUGGUUCUCAACCCUUGAGGUUGGAGUUCGCGACCCCUUCACCCCCCUCGAUGAGAGAAAGAGCGCUACAAUCUGGUGCAAAUAGCUGUUUCUACACGCCUCCCCCUGCUGAUUUUGAGUGAUUUUUGUGAAUGCUCUGAUGUAAACAAAUAAUGCUUUGGUUUAAUGACAGUUUAGUUUUAGCAGGUAGCACCUAGCCUUGUCCAAUCUGCUUCAGGCUCUGUCGAUUUUUGAUGUGUUUGUGACUUUACUCUCCCCCUGACCCGCCCUUAGACUACUUUCUGUGUUCCACCUCCUGAUUUACAAGUGAAGCUCUACAUGAAAUGUACCAAGCUCACACAGUAAUGUAAAAAAAAAAAAAAAAAAUCUAGAAUGUGGUAUUUCAUUUUUUUCUCCCCAACCAUCUGGCGGCCCCCAGAAAUUAUCUCACGACCCCCUUGGGGUCCCGAACCACUAGUUUAGUCCGUAGAAAAUCGAUUAUUUUCCAUUAUUAGAGGGAUUAUGUGAUUUUCUGUUUCUACUAAAUACAUUCAACUAAUAUUGCUUAUAUUUUUUUUAAUUCAAUCAAUCUCAGUUGCCUCCCUGCUGCAAUCAUUUACCAGCCGACCAUGAGUUACUGACACUCAUUAUCAGUUUUCCAAUCCAUCAUACAGCCCUGUGCUAUUAAUGUGUAUCCUGCUAAAGUGCUGGUUGCAUUAAAUAGAUCACGUUCACACUGUCCACACUUUUCUCUUAACACCUGUUUGGCAGUAUUCAACAUGUUGAACCUUGCUAUGUUUUGACUUCUCUCACUUAGAACAGAUUAUUUUAUAUUUUCUAGAGGACGUAUGUAAAGCCGCUGCAGGGGUGAAAGGGUAGAGAAUAUGAAAAAAAAACAUGUUUUGCUUUUUCCCUUUAUCAGUUUGCUGUGAUCAGAGGGAAUGGAGGUGGGAGGAUUUGUCAUCUGUUUGAACAGCAAAUGUGCCGUCCUUUUUUGAUCCCAUCCAAUUAUGCAUGACAUUGUAUAUUUAGGCAUGUUGUCUGUUGUUCCACAAUUGAAAAAAUGCUGAGGUGAUUCUUUUUUUUUUAUUAUCCGCCUGGCUGGGCUUUGUUCUGCAUGCAUAAUUUAUCUUGACAUAUAGAUAAACAAUGAUGAAGAACAGCACAAUGUAGAAAAUGAAAGGCAGAGAAAUAAAGUAUUUUUUUAGAGUUGUGAAA